AUGCACAUGAUCCUCGUCUCAACCUACGUGGAGCAACGCGAUGUACCCGGCAUCGAUUGUGCUCAUUUGGCGAUGGACACCGAAGAAGGUGUCGAAGUCGUGUGGAAUGAAGUGCAGUUUAGUGAAAGAAGAAACUUCAAAGCGCAAGAGGAGAAAAUUCAAACAGUUUUCGAGAAUUUAACACAGCUGGAACAUCCCAACAUAGUCAAGUUUCAUAGAUAUUGGACUGAUACACAUAAUGAUAAGCCUAGGGUAAUUUUUAUAACCGAAUACAUGUCGUCGGGUUCACUGAAACAGUUUCUCAAACGAACUAAACGGAAUGUGAAGAAAUUACCAUUGCAAGCAUGGAAGCGAUGGUGUACUCAAAUCUUAUCAGCACUUAGUUAUUUGCAUUCCUGUACCCCGCCGAUCAUACACGGCAAUCUUACCUGUGAUACAAUUUUUAUUCAGCAUAAUGGUUUAGUUAAAAUUGGUAGUGUAGCGCCCGACGCAAUUAAUCAUCAUGUGAAGACAUGUCGAGAGAAUAUUAAGAACAUGCACUUUAUUGCACCAGAGUAUGGUGCUGUUACUGUGAAUGCUGUUGCUAGUAGUCUUACCCCCGCCAUUGAUAUCUUCUCAUUUGGUAUGUGCGCCCUGGAAAUGGCAGCACUUGAAAUCCAAGGAAAUGGUGAUUCUGGAACGAUGGUGACACAAGAAAAUAUUCAUCGUACGAUUGAGAGUCUUGAGGAUGGCCAACAAAAGGAUUUCAUUUCGAAGUGCCUGAGUUAUGAUCCCGCUGAGCGACCAAGUGCGAAAGAGCUUUUAUUUCAUUCGUUGCUAUUUGAAGUUCAUUCUUUGAAACUUCUUGUUGCACAUUGUCUUUUGAAUACAGCACCAAAUUUCUCAGACACGAUAACCGAUGAAAUGAUGCGACGCAGAUAUAAGCCUGAUGUCGUUCUCGCUGACAUUCCCCGCACCAAUGAUCCUGUUGAAUUCAAGUUGGCGAAUGUGCCAACUGCUGAGAAGCUGGAAAAGUUUUUAGAAGAUGUUAAGUAUGGCAUUUAUCCCCUAACAGCAUUUUCAGCACGACAACCACCCACACCACGACCUCGAGCCAUCUCACCAGAAACAGCUGAAUCAAUAAAAUCAGCAUCACCUGAACCAUUGGACAUUGAAUCGCGUAAAGUUGUGAAUAUGAUUUGUAGUGUUAAGCCAAUAGAGAAUAGCAGUGAACUUACGAUGACAAUACUUUUACGAAUGGACGAUAAAAUGAAUCGUCAACUCACAUGUCAGAUAUCACAAGAUGAUACAGCGAUAGCCUUAUCACAUGAGCUCGUGCAUUUGGGUUUUAUAAAUGAUAAUGAUCGAGAGAAAAUUGCCACAAUGAUCGAAGACACGCUAUUACAAACUAGUAAGCAACAACAAUUAUUAGGCGCAACACGACUGUCAACGGGAGAUCAUCCAAUGUCAAUGCCAAUUCACACGACCAGUAUUGAGCGUAGUUGGACAGUAGCUGAUGAAUCUCCGGGUGGAACAGAGACAACGACAAUCCUCAACGACAUCUCAAGUAAUGACGGAUUAUUGCCGAUGUAUGAGAAGAAUCAAGCCUAGGACCUGCAUAAAUGGACGAGAACGACUUUCAUAGGUGUUGUGUUUAUCGUUCUUUAACUAUAACUACACAAACAUUCGCUGUGAGAUGAAACAAGACAAAAAUGCUCGGCGAACUUCUGAUCUGAACUUAAAAACAUAAAUUAUAGAAAUGAAAGAAAACAACCUCAUCAAUCCAUUAACUGGACGAAUUUUAAUCCCAAAAAACUGUCUCCAAAUUUUUUCGAAUGUGUUCAAAAUUUAUUUUAAAAAAAAAGAUGAAUCAAAAUUAUAUUUCUCAUGUUCUUUUAUAAACUUUUUAGGCCAACUUUUCAAAACAAAAAAGAUUAAAUUUUAAAAAGAUUUGUCAUUAGCUGAGAAUAAAAGAAAGUCAUUUUAAAGCAAUUGUUUGAAAGUAAAGUUUUCUUUCAGUACUUAAUCUAUUUGAAAAUAGUUUUUUUUAUUUGGAGGCAAAGAUGAUAAAAUAUGAUCGUCGGAUCAAAAUAAUUACAUUAAGUCUAAGAUGUUAUGUAAGUGCUAGAAAAACAUGAAAACGCUUUCUUAUUAAAGCUUCAGAUUUAAGGACAAAAGAAACAUGAAAAUAAUUAAAAACUUUAGUGAACCUCGAUGAUAUCCUGUCCCUAACUUCCCAAACAUGAUGAUGUAUUAAUAAUGGAUGUGAAAUUUAUUGUAUUUUAUGAUGAUGACAGUAAAAGAACAUAAAUUAUAAACAAACCUUUAAUGUGCAUAUUCAGUGUAAAAGAUCAUGCACAAUCUAUGUUGGAAAGAGAAGAGAACAUUGAUUACAUAAUUUUAAGUGACUGACUGUUUUUUCGCGCUGUGAAGCACACAAAAAUGAAUCAUUGAUUUAAGAAAUAAAAAGAAUUGAAAGACGAAUGAAUGAUUUUUGAGAGAGUGUGCACUGAGAAUCUGGAGAAUGUUUUCUUGAUUGAUCAGAAAUUAAAUCGACUGCUUUGAAAGCUCAAUAUUUAAUUUCACUGAAUAUCUUUAAACUUUUCUCUGUGUAGACAAUUUAUGAUGAUUGUGUGAUUGACAUAAAAGUUGUAAGUGAUAAAUGAAAGAUCAGGAUUAUCGAUGACAUAUUUUAUCAUGACCGGUAUUACUUAGUCAAUCGUUGUGAAAGCUUUCAACUUACUUUUCUCUCUCUCUCUCUCUCCUGCCAAUUCUAAUUUCAAUGUUCUUAAGCUAAGAACUUUGUGAAUGUUUCUUUUCUAUUUAUAAUUCUUCCACACUUCUUUCUGUCAAUUUCAUUUAACUUGAAACUAUUUCCAAAAAAAAUUAAGAUAAAACAAUAAGAACUGUGGACACGAAAGCUUCCGUAAUUUUCAUUUUAUGAUAUUAAGUCAAGAUGUAAAAAAGAAAUAUAUUUUUGCAAAAAUAAGAAUAUUGUAAUGACAUUGAUUGGAAGGAAUUUAUUUCCUUUCCCUUCAUUAAAAGAGCUUUGGAAAGAUUUCUAAUUUUCCUUAAUUAGAACUACGAAAAACUCUUGAAUUAAUAGCAAGAAAAAUUAACAACUUUUUUCUUAUGUUUUUGCACAGCAAAACAAUAUUUAAUAAAAAAAUAUUCCCACUGAUCAUAAAUACAUAAAUAGAAGUGAAAAGUAGAGAAAUAAAAAAAGAAGAAUCACCAGAAAAUUUAAAAGAUUUAUUUAAGGAAUUAACAAAAUGCUGUAAAUCAAUUGCCACAAUAACUAUUCCCAUUUCCCAUUAUUCCCCGAAACCACACAACACUUUAACAAAAGAAAAUAAACUCAAAAGUUGUCUAUCGUUAUCGUAAGUAAGAAAUAGCUUAAAUUUGUAAAACUGAUGAAAGCUUAUUUUGCAAACAGCUAGUCAUAUCUUGAAAGACAAAUCCCAAAAAGAAAAAGAGAAAAAAAUGAAAGAGAUCAGCAAAAGAAGUUGGAAAUUUUAUAUACCUAAUUCGUCAUUUUGUCAUUUGGUUCUGUCAUGUCAAAAGGAAUGAAUGAAAUUUAAAAAUAAAUGAAAAGUCAGAAAUACUCACGAAGAAUUUUUAUCAAAAAAUAUAUUUAUAAAAAUGUGAACCUAUUGGUGUGUUCAGAUUCUUCUUGAUUGAUAUCAUGUCUUGAUAAAAUAUCAGAAAGAAGAAUCCACGAAAAAUCAAUGGCUCAAAGUUUGUGAAUCAGAACGAAAACGAAUUGUGAAAUAAUUUUUUCUAAUGAAAAUUAUAAUUGCAAGAAUUCCUCAAUAUCCAACACUGCUUAAAAAAUAUUGAAACUUUAAUUCAUUUCAUUUAAAAGAAAUUUAUUUUGAGCUGCCUCUGGCAGAUUUUAUUUCCAAUCAAAUCCCCAUUCACAAUGACCAUGAAUUUAAUCACUUAUCAGUUUUAAUUUAAAACUAAUAAUUGAGAGUCACAUGAACGAGAACGAUAAAGAAGAAAUUGUAAACAACAGAGUCAAUAUAACAAAUCAUAUAAAAAGUUCGGUUUCUUCUGGGAAGAUCUAAAGAGUUUCGAAAGUUUCUCUAACUUAGUAUUCCUAUUAACUCUUGACUGUCGAAUCAAGAAAUUCUUUUUUCAUUCACUUAAGAACCGAACGAUUGAAAAGGCAUAAAUAGUAAUUAUAAAUAAAGCUGUAUAAUAAAAAUUUGUAAGUUAGAAAAUUAUAAACUAAAAAUUUAUGAAAGUGUGAUAAUUUUUUUUAAAAGAUGAUGUUACUGAUCAUUGAAGUCGGAAUGAACGGAAAGAAGUAAAGAAACCUCAGAAUCAUGAAUGAAUUGUAGUCGGAACUUUAUUAUCAAGAACCUCUUCCCUGGAGCCUCAAUUAAUUGUUUUUUAUAAUUUUCCAUUUUAUCUCAUUUGAAUGAAAGAUAAAUGCAUGCAAAAGCAGAAAUAUCCUAAUCUGAAAUAUUUUAAGUCUCCAUUCAAAACCUACCAAUAGAAUAUUUUAUUUAUUUUCAGUAAAAAUUAAAUCAAAAAAUUCUUUUAAUAGUUUAAAUCAUAGGGAUUAUAUGAGAAAUGAAGAGAUAAUAAAGAAAAUCUUUCUUAAAAAGGCG